UAUAAAACAAAAGAUCAUAUACGUUUGCAUGGGAAUCCUCUACUGCAAACAUUAUAUAUCUCUUCACCAUGAGCAUGGCCUAAUUUCAAAAUUUCAUAGAAGCAAGAUGAUUAUACAGCUGCAAAGAGGUUUACAUCUCGUAUAUCUGUGCCCCUUGUGCAUUACUUUCCUAGUUCUCUUUGUCGGAGCCUGCAGGGGUACCGCUUUGCCUGAAAGUAAGUUUCUGAUACAUUUUUUGCAAGCAAUUGAUCCUGAUAAUUUGUUAAAGACUAAUUCAGAUGGAAGUUUUACUGUUCAUUGCACAUGGACUGGUAUAAAGUGUGAUGACCAGUUCCAUAACAUAAGAGAAAUCAGGCUUGAUGAUUUAAAUCUGAGAGGAAUAAUUGAUGCGGACUCUGUCUGCAAGCUUUCAUCACUCCAGGUUCUUAGCUUGACAAACAACCAAAUCACUGGAGCUAUCCCGGAGUUAAUAUCGAACUGUCAAAACCUGGCAUACCUGAACCUGAGCUGCAAUAUGCUGCAUGGUACUAUACCUGCUUCUCUGAGCAGAUUGAAGAACUUGAGAAGCUUAGACAUCUCAAACAAUUACCUCAUAGGACCUAUUCCACAUUUUGAACAAGAUAUUGAGCUCACUUACCUGAAAACCAUGGAAUCCAGAACAGCAAGGAGUGACACAUAUGUGAUAAAGGAUGCCUCAGAUAACAAAAAUGCUGGAGUAUCUCAAACAAAACAUUCAGCGGUUGAACGGCCAAUCGCAUUACUCAUAUUAGUCACUGCGUUUUCAUUUUUUGUAUUUUUCAUUUACAAAAGGUGUUCUAUAGUAAUCAAAGGGAAGGAUAACAUGAACCGUGAUAAGGAGUGCCUAGUUGGGAAUAUCACCUCUGGUGGAGAAGAUGAUCCAGAGAAAGGAACAGUAUACACAGACAUUGUCUUCUUUUGCAGAACAUGUGAAAAAUUCAAUAGAGCUGAUCUCCUUCAGUCGGAAGCAAAUCUGCAAGGCCAUAACAUAUACAGUAGUCUCUACAAAGUAAGGCUGAAAGAUGGUGCCGUUUUUGCUGUGAAGAGACUAAGGAAUUUAAAGACGACGGAAGAUUAUUUCCAGCGAAAAAUUACAUGGGUAGGGAACUUGAAGCAUCCCAACCUCUUGCCUCUUGUGGCCUACCAUUUCUCAGAGGAUGAGAAACUUCUCAUAUAUAGAUAUGAGAAGAACGGAAGCCUCUUUUCUGUUAUGUCAAGUAAGAUUUCUACCCAAUAA